AUGGCUUACAGCAGCAAAAAGCUCGUAUCUGUUCAAGAAGGCUACGUACCAGAGACCAAAGGUGUACUGCGUGACAGGGUAGUGGGCGCAGCCGCUGGAAUCCCUAUUGGAGCGGAAAUUGGCCCCUUUGCCAACGGCACGUCCCUUAAGGCGAAUAUUGUUAUGCCAGGCGCAGCCAUCUGGGCAGCGAGAUUCCAUCAGCUUGACGUAAAAUAUAUCAAGAUGGCCAUCGAAGGGCGUGUGGAAUUGCCCAAUACUAUUAUGCUGCGAACCGAUAUGACGUAUCCAGGCGGGGUUCUCAUGAAUGACGGUCCUGUCCGAGGCGAGAACGAGGAGGUCGAUGGAGUACAAGUCAAGGAGGCAACUGCAGUUAGAUUGCGACUGUCAUCUCUGGCAGAAGAACUGACUGAGGGUGAACCCGAUGGAAGCUACUCGGCUGCGCUUGCGGAGGCAGAGAAUCGACUUAUUCGCGACGAAGGGGAUAGUGAAGAAGAUGAAUGA